CUUGCCUUACAAGGCCACAGACUGGCGGGCCCCUCCCUCCUUCCUUCCCUCCGGAGGAGAAGUGGAGCCAGAUCUAGAAGCAGCAGCAGCAGUAGGCGAAGGGAGGCUGGAGGCGGCCAGGCAAAGGAUCCUCCCCGUCUUGCCUCUGUUCCCAGGCAGUCAGUCGCUGGAGCGUGGAAGGAAAUGCCUCGAGCAGGUAGCCAAGAACAGCAUCUGCAUCCAGGGAGGCACUGAACUGAAAUCACAGUGAUUCACUCUCCAGCUGUCAGUUCGGUUCCGCUGAAGGCAUCUCCGCCAAGGAAUUCCUCAUGCCAGCCCCACCCUCCAUGUUGGGAAUCAGGUGAUGAAGAUGGAUGUACUGCGCCGCUCCUCUGUCUUCGCUGCAGAAGUGAUGGAAGUGUUUGACCGGACACCCACCGACAAGGAGCUUGUGUCUCAGGCCAAAGUGCUGUGCAGAGACUUCAUCCACUCCCGGCUCAUACGGGCUGGCAUUGGCUGGAACAAGCCUGAACACAGCGUGCCUGUUCCCGGGGGCAAGUUAGCAGAGGUAUCCAACAUACUUCUCAGAUUAGGUGAUGAGCUGGAGUACAUUAGGCCCAACCUUUACCGGAACGUAGCGCGACAGCUGAACAUUUCUUUGCACUCUGAAACAGUGGUGACGGAUGCAUUCCUGGCGGUGGCAACGCAGAUCUUUUCUUCAGGCAUAACAUGGGGCAAGAUUGUGUCUCUCUAUGCUGUGGCAGCUGGCCUUGCUGUGGACUGUGUGCGACAUGCUCAGCCAGCCAUGGUUCAUACUAUUGUGGAUUGCUUGGGAGAAUUUGUACGCAAGACCUUGGUGACCUGGAUGAAGAGAAGAGGAGGCUGGAGUGACAUAACAAAAUGUGUGGUGAAUACUGAUCCCAACCUCCGCUCUCAUUGGCUUGUGGCUGCCAUUUGUAGCUUUGGCCACUUCCUGAAGGCCAUCUUCUUUGUGCUGUUACCAGAAAGAUGAAGUUCAUUUGCUCAUGGAAGCCCCAGUCUUCUUCUUCUUCUCAUAGCUGAAGAAGAGCAGGGAAAGAAAUUAAUUGAGGAAGAGAGUUUGACAACCUUUCAUUCUUCUGGCUUCCCAAGCUCUUCAUCCUUGGUGGAAUAAAUAUUUCUUCAGCUCACUUUUGCAGCAAUCACCCGUUGCACUUUCAAAGUUGCUUAGGAUUAUGUUCAGUGGUUUGGGAGAACGAUGGCUUUGCAGCGGUUAUUUAUUUCUUUUUGUUCAAAUUGUUCUCUAUUUUUUGUAGAAGAUGAUAAGAAUCAUAGUUGGUGCUGCUGUCAAGAAGAAAACUGUGCUGUUUGUUUGUAAUGCGUCAACUGUUUCUCCGUUUUUCAUUUGGAUCUCUCCAGCUUUGUUAUUUCCUGUUAAAGCUGUGAAAUGGAGGACUUCUUCAAAAGCAUGACGUUCUUUAUGGUUUCUCUUAAGUUAAAGAAUAAUUCCAGUUGUGGUACUCUCUUUACUUAAAGGGGAGCCAGGCAGAGAAUGGGUACCUCGGGCAGCAGAAUGACCAACUAGAUUACAUAGGGUGUCAAGGACAAAAUAUCAGGAGUCAAUUUUUUUUUUUAAAAAAAAGCUCUGCUCUUUCCUUAGUGGAACAAAAGAAUGCAAAUUGUAGCACAUUUUAAAAUAUAUUAACAAGAGAUCUAACUGGAGCAUGAGAAAGUGAUUGAGGGAUGCAAGAAGAUCCCAUUAGCAAAACAUACCUUAUAUGACAAAAGCAAAAAGAUAUGUCUGUGAAUUGUAUCCACUGCAGUGCAUUUACCAUGUGCAAUGUGUGACUUUUAUUUCUGUUGUGAUAAAUAAUAAAUGAUUGAAUAUUUUAUUUCA